AUGACAUAUCCUGUUCCAGACACAUCAGUUAUUGAUCUUGGCAGAAAGCUUUCUGCUGCUUUGUGGAGGACAUACAGGCCAUCAUCCGGAUUCAUGGUCAUCACAAACAUAUUGAGUUGGAAUCCAAAUACCUGGAUGCAUAUCACCAUUGGUUUGAGAACUCCCUUCGAUAUCUGGGAAUUUAUCUCAUCCUUUGCCAUCCUAGUGAGUUUCCAGAAAUCAUGGAUUCUUAUACACUCCCGACGAUCCUUCUCAGGGGGCUUGACUUCACCCAAAAUACCUACUACCUCUGAGUUAAAAACACUUGAGAGGGCUCGACAUGCUUGCUUUUUUCGCUUGCUUGGUUUCGCUGACCGCUUCCGUUUCUCUCUUUGUACUUCGCUUACCAGGAUAGUGUUAGUAUCGGUGGUGGUAGUAGUCUCAGAGGUAUUAUUGGAGAUAGUGCCAGAGAUGCUUCUCAAAGCUUCAAUAUCACUAGAGUAUGGCGAACCUGAGCUAGAAGGACUUGACUGGAUAUUAGCACCACCAUCAUCCUCGCCAUUCUCGCCAUUUUGA